CUUGUUUCUGCUCACUUUAUCAGUUUUUAAUUUAAUUUUAUUUCACUUUUUGUUUUUGUGUAUUAUUAAAACAAAUUGCUGAUAAUAAUUAAUUUCGUAUUUCACAUCUUGUCGUCUUAAUUUUUAUCGUUUUAUAAUGUGUUAUUUUUGGUCUAGAGUUUUACAGCAGUCCUGAGAUUUUAAUUUCGGCUUUUUAAAAACUGUUACUCAAUAAUGUAUUUCUUUGUAUGAUUUUUUUAAUUCCCUUGAGUUCUUUCAUUUUUUAAUACUCAUCUGCGAUGUCUAAGCAAAAGGGACAGUCAUGUGUUGAGACUCCAGAGGCACCAGCUUGGCUGUCAAAACUUGAGAGUCAGCGUGAAAAAUUGAGCAAAGCACGGCUCGGUCACGAUAGUGGUGCCGGGGCUCCAUGUAACUCUUGUGGGACUAGUUGUCCUGGUUUGGAUUUGCAUUUCUGGAGAAAAGUGUGCCGUGCUUGCCACUGCAGCAAAGAUGUGCAUGAUGUACAAGAUGAUGACUUGUCUGGUUGGGCUCAAUUUGAACUACUUGGCACUGCUAGACCUAAAAAGGCCGCAUUGCCGUUAAUCAAAAUCCGGGGUGUAACUGAUAAGCCAGUCAAACUUGACUGGGUUCCUCCAAAUGCAUCAACAGAAUUGGUUUCGGAGUACAUGUCGUGCCUGGGCGCGCUGGCGCCGGUGUCGGGCUCGGCGGCUGCUCGACGACGACGCGCGCAGCUCCGUACACAGUUGCCGCCGCACGACGUCGCGCCCGCCGCUCGACACCAUGCUUCCGACCAAGAGAAGUCCGAACACACCGAAUACAUCACACGUAUAAAAGACCAUGUCGUUGGAAUGGGUAAUGUAGUGAGAGUUGGUCCGCUUCAGAAUGGUGAAAUUUAUUCAGUGGAAAAUAGCAAAUCACAUACAACAACUAAAUCAUAUGCAUUGCCAUUAAAAAUAUCAAAUAUCUCUAGAGGUGUAAAAUAUAACAUAGUGCCUAAGAAUGCUUCUGACAAGAAAUUAGUACUUGACUCCGAAGGAAAUAUUGUAAGCAGUGCUGCAAACUUGCCGGAUUACAAGUCAAGUCCUAUUCUAAGCCGCACCGUCAAAGAUAAACUUCACAUAAUGCGUAUUGAAUCUGACAGAAUCAAGAGUGCUGUAGAACACGGAGCAGUGUAUGAUAAACUAUUGAAGAACUUGAAUGACUUGCAUAUACCUAUUACAGAUGAUGUAUACUUACAACCCAUUAAACUUUUCCGUGAGGAAUAUAAUAAAAAUCCACAAUUUCAGGAAGAGACAAAUGAGUUUGCAAGUAAUUCUCUAGGAGUUCAGAUUAUGCCUGACUUAUGGUCAACCACGAAUAAUAAUGUUAUGGGAACUGCGAAAUUAUUGGAUAGUAGGAUUCAGAAAGGAACAAUAUUUGCACCUAAUGGAGAGAUUUGGAGUUGGAAACAUGAGCCGACCACCCCUGAACACAGCGGAACCAUUUGUUCAACAAAAAUUAAUCCACAGUAUUCUACUACCACUAAACCAAUAAACCAGGUUGAGCCACAGCAAACUGCUCCCUUGCGGGAGUACCUGAGAAGCCAUUCUGAUGAAGAUUUACCACCUCCACCAUUGCCUAAUUAUAAUACAUAUCCUGGCGCUCUACCUUUGGAUAAUCCAAUUGAUAACAUUCAAGUUUCUGAUGGUACAUAUUUGGACUCACCAUAUAAUAAUAGUUAUGUGGAGCAAAUAAAUCCUGUAAUCGAUCAAUUGAGUGAUAUGUCCUUAAGUCCAGAUGAAUUGGAAUUUAACAGGAAACUUUAUAAUGAAGGAGUACCAUGCCAGCGCUGUAAAAAGGCCAUGUUCGCUGGUGAAGUAGCAGUUAAAGCUGAAAGAGCAGGACAAGAGGCAAUUUGGCACCCGCAAUGUUUCACUUGUAGCAAGUGUGGAGAACUGCUUGCCGACCUUGUAUACUUCUUUUAUGAAGGGGAAAUCUAUUGUGCUAGAGACUUGGCUAAUGUUUUGCAGAUCCCACGUUGUGCUGGCUGUGAUGAAUUGAUAUUUACGAGACCCUAUACAGCAGCAGAAGGGAGAGCUUUUCAUGUGCAGCACUUUUGCUGCUAUCACUGUGAUGCACCACUUGGUGGCCAAAAAUAUGUUCCAGAUGAUAAGACUGGUCUGCCUAUAUGUCUUUCUUGUUAUGAUCAGUUCCAUGCAGAGCGUUGUCGUGCUUGCGGUGGCGUCAUUGGACCUGAGCAACAAGGGGUGUCCUGGAGUAACAUGCAUUGGCACGCUGACUGCUUUAUAUGCUCAGGCCGAAUGUGUGGUAAGAGUUUGUUAAGUGGCAGAUUCGUUGUGAAGCAAGAAAUGCCUUUUUGUAGUGUACCUUGUGUACAGAGCAGAAUAUCAGUUGAGAAGAAGUGAUAUCCACAUAUAUUAUAGAAGUUAUUGAUAAAAUUAGAAAAGUACAUAUUUACAUUUUUUAUAUAUUUAUACAUUUAAAACUAUAUCAAUUACGAUAUUAUCUAUUAACUAUAUAGACGUUAAGGAAGUUGGUUUUGUACGGUUCUUGUAUUAUAAAUUAUAUUGUUAUAAUGAGAAAUAUUUUGCUAUAAAAAAAACGAUAGAAAUAUGAUAUGUCAUGAAGAUGGUUUUGUAUUUAAAUUUACUUCCUUAUAGGAAAAAUUUGUAAUAAUAAAAAAAUUGCCAUUUAUUCAUGAUAUUACUUUAUGGGACCAUGACAUACUGAUGUAGGCUUUAAUGAUAUUGGCAUCUAUUUUUGUAUUAAUGUGAUUUUAAAUGACUAAUUAUAUUUAUAGAAAUUUAAAUGAUAAUGAACAUUCCAUCUAAUAUGCAUUUAUUAUUAAUAUUGUCACAAAAUAUUAUUGUUAAUACUACAUUAUUUGUUAUAAAUACAGAUUAAAAAAAUGUAAACUGCAUGCUUUUCGUAUUUAAAAGUUUUUCAGAACUUGCCUAAUGGCUUGUAUAGUGUGAUAUACAUAUGUGAUAUUGGUCUACACUACCUUAUGAAUGUGCCAUUAUCAUAAAGUUAUGAAAAUAUUGCAGAUAUUUUUGUAAUAAUUGGGAAAAUAUAUUAUAUUACAAUUAUUAACUUUGUUUUAUUAAAAAAAGUCUCUGUUAAAAGAUCGAGAUGGAAUCAGACUAUGAAUUUAUUUGUAACUUUAGCACUAUUACCAGUCUAUGAUAAAGUUAUUACUAACAUACUUUACAGUGGCUGAAUCAACCAUUAUCAAUUACUAAGCACAAUACAUUUGAUAAUAAAUAAUUUAAUCCACAGCCGAUACAGUGUAAUUUUGUUGUUCAUGGAAACAUCACCUUCCUAUCAAUCAUAUUUGAACAACAUUGUAUUAAAUUGAAUGUACAAGUGUAAUCAAGAAUUACCUCUUUUCAUAAAGGCCUUUUUACUCAUGAUUUUUUUUUGCAUUGCAUUUAAAAAAUUGAUAAUUAGUAGUAUGCAUGAAAUAUUUUUCUUGUUAAGAAAAACAUGCAAAUAUGUAUAUACUAUACUGUACCAUAACACAAACUAAAUUAUAUUUAAAAAAAUAUAGUGAUGUAGCGCAGUGGUAACAUCUCACCACUACAG